UUCCUGGGAGAAUCUAGUAUCAAUAUAUUAAGAGUAUUUACAAUGAAAGGUGGCAUAUGAAUACGAAAGAAAAAUGAACGUAAUUUGUACAAUUUUUACAAAUGACACAAAGACUCAAAACAUAGACGAGGACAGACUUUAGUUUCCGAAAGAAAAACAAAUGUUUAUACAAAUAUCUAAAAUUUAUUUUCUUUAAUUUUUAAACCAUAGAUGUAUUAAGAAUAUUAACGAAGUGUGUAUUAGUUUCCAUUUUGAUACCGUAAAUAUCCUACCUUAAUAGUUUGAGCUGGAUUGAUCCGCGCCACGGUAAAUUACAUAGAGUCCAAAACCGUUACUUUUCAAUUAAACCUGUUGAUAGAUAAAUCGAAUUUUUUAAGCAUUCUGACGAAAUAGAAUUUCUAAACAGUCCCGGCACACGUAUACAGCAAGAAAGAAGAAUCGAAAUCCCCAUCACAGAUUAAAUAUAGACAAUCAGAUAAUAAUGAUCACCUGAAAUACCUAAAUGACACACAAGAAGGAUAAUGUCACAGACAGAUCAAGGACAUGUUGUAAUUACCACAACUUACAUACUAGUACGUUCUUAUAGUAUUUUAUUUAAUCUACGCAUUAUAAUAAUCAUUAUGAACGAACCACUAGUGGAUAAAUGGAUAAAUUUCAAGCAUUUAAUCGCUUGACGUACGCAACUAUCAAAGAGACAUAGUCACUUUUUUUUCAAUUUUCAUCUUGGUGUAAAAUAACAAAAUUAAUGUAUCAUCUUUGUAACGGAAUGAUGGAUCACUUACAUUAUAGUUGUGUUUAAAUCGAUCGAUUGCUUUGGCAGAGUAUUCAACAGACAGUUUUGUUAUAGAUCGAUGAACAUAAAAGCACAGCAUGCUGUUAAAUCAAACACCGUGUUUCACGGAAAAUAAAUUUCAUUGGUAGACGGCGGAAGUUACUUAAUGGCUCACCGUGUCGAAAAUGGGGAAGAGAGGACCUAAUAUAAAAAGAUAUGUGCAAAGCCCAGCUGAUGUUGCCGGCAAACGAACGGCAACCGAUAAACUUAAUGAAAUAAAACUGAGGAACUCGAAUUCACAAAGGAAACAGGUCGGUGAAACUGUCAAUAUAAAAGAUAAAUCUGCAGCAUUUUCGGAUAAUAUUUUUCCUCAUUGGCUGCCAUGGAUAUUGUUUCCGUUGACGUUAGGUAUAAGGAUUUUGUACGUACUGGAGCCGACGAAUUGGUGGAUAUUACAUCCAGACGAGAUAUUUCAAACGAUAGAAGUCGCUCAUUCAGACGUUUUUGGAUACGGUUUUCGACCUUACGAGUACCUGCCUCCACCAAGUCCUGACGUCAUAAACUCAACAACACUAUCUAGUGCGCACGUGCAAGAAAUUCAGUUAGGGAUGUUCAGUCUCAGAUCCUAUAUUCUGCCAAAACUUAUUUCCGGUGUAUUAAUAUUAGCUGAUAUGAGUGGGAUCAACGCUUCGCCAUAUUUAGUCAUGAAGAUAUUUCACGUGACAGUUACAUCUCUUCUACCAGUGAUCGUCUUUCAAUUUAGUCGGAUAUUACAUCAUUCCAGUGACAUUGGAUGUCUUUCUGCCAUCUUAGUUAGUUCUUCAUCGUCCUUGAAUAUCUUUGGAACCCAUACAUUAAUCAAUAGCUUUCUAGCUCCUUUUUUCUUUUUGUGUUUGCUUCCUCUAGUCAGCUCAUUGUCAUCUUUAGAGAUGCUUGGUAUUGGAGAGUCAAAACAAUCGGAGGUUGCUAGUGUUGAAGAACCUUCAGAUUCUCGAGGAGAAUCAAGAGUUGCGAAUGGACAAACUGUAACAAUGAGUGAAAUACAUAAUGCAAAUGGUGAAAUAUUGGGUAUUGAAAAUGAUAGUCCAAAAGGGAUAUAUACUCGAUCUGGUCAGUUUACGCAAGAAUCAAAUAAGACAUUUCCUAGUCAUGAUGAAAACGCAAAUGUUAUCUAUCUAAAAGAAAAUUUGUCAAAUAGGCGUGCAAGUAAUAUCUAUGGAUUAAGAAGUACUGCAUCUACAUCUAAAGCAAUAGAUGAACAGAGAAACCAAACACAAAUUAAAGAGGUCGGCAAUGGUGCAUUUAUUUACAAGAUCAAUAAACAUGAAGUACUGGCAGGUUUAGGUCUUGCCCUUAGCAUUUAUGUCAGAGUAGAUUUGGUUUUCAUACCGCUUUUACUUUCAGCCGGUUUUUACCAUUUUAGUUUCAAGCGUAUCUCGGAAACAGUGAAGUUACUCAAGUACUAUAUUCUUGGUAUAGCGGCAGGCAUUUUGAUUGGUGGUUACUGCGAUUACGUCACGUAUGAAAGGUGGUUCUUUUCGCCAUAUCAGUGGUACAAAUUUAACGUACGGAAUAGUUUUGCUGGCGAAAUCUUUGGCGUAAACAGCUGCUACUUUUAUCUGCUUAAACUAUAUCAAAAUGAACCUCUAGUGACACUGUCUUUCACAAUUCUUCUGAUUCAUGUUUUAGAUAUUAUCCAUCGUUUGUUUACAUCAUCAAACAAACAUAGUCAAUCAGCUAGGAAUCAAAGCUUUAUUAUAUUUAUAUUUCUUUUGCUAGCAUUUAGUUUAAACAGUCACAAGGAAUUGCGUUUAAUGCAUAACGGUAUCAUAUUUAUGUACAUUGCAGUUUCAAGUGCAAUAUGGUCGCUGCCUAGUAGAUUUUCACGUAAUCAAAAUGGAUGCCAGUAUUCUAUUUAUAUUGUCUAUUUAUUUACUGCUUUAUUUAUGUCUAGUCAUUGUUUCAAUUUUAUUAAUAUGAAAUUUGAAGACCGAGCAAAAUGGACUUACGGUAAAAACACAGAUUCUCACGAAACUAAUAUAUGUUUAGACUUUAUCCGCCAGCAGAAAGAUGUGACAGGUGUUUUUAUGGACCGAUCUGUGCAUACAUCCGGGGCUUACUCCAUACUCCACCAUGACAUUCCAGUGUUUGCUUUAAACAUUUUUGAAUAUAUGGAAUACAGAAAAACUAUAACUCAACAUACAAAUGGUGCUGCUGGCUUGGAUUUAUUCUCCAGUAAAAAGAACGGAUUUUCAACUUUCACAAAUAUUUCUGAUUUUAUAUCAGUCUAUCAUUCGCAAUAUCUUUCCCUAAAGGUAAGGCAAACUCCACAGUAUAACUUCCUUAUUCUAAAAACUAACAGUAACUUCAUUGACAUUGGAUAUGACGAAAUGUUCCGAGUUGGAAAUUCUAAAGUUUUGAAAAGAACUUUUGAAAAACAGAAGGAAGAGGAUCUAGCAAAUACAACGGACAAUAUAAAGAUCUUUUGGAAUGCAACAAUUCUUGAAUAUGAAGGCAGUUGGUUGAUACAUUAUGGAUUGUACACAAAAGCUGAGCAGAGACUUUUAAUGUCUAAUAGAAUAGAUCCAAGGCGGAUUGGUACGUUUAGAAUAUUAUUAAGUAUGUACAGUAAACUGAAACAGACAGAUGACUACAGAAGUGUACUUAAGGCAUGUUUACAAUUAUACACUAAAAAGGAGUGUCAACAACAUUAUACUCCGAUUAUGCUACAUUCUGGUUACUAUAGGAAUAAAUAUGUUCAAAAAUGAAAAGGCAAUAUUUUGGUAAUUGGUUUAUGGACAAAAGUAGUAGAAACGCAAAUAUUCUGGUUCACCAAAGUCUAAUUUACUUCGUUCACAGGGAAAUUUAGAAAUUGAAGACUUUGGUCAAGUUCAUGUUGACAGCAAAUAUUUAGAUUCCCCCUUUUCUUCUAUGAAAACGUGACUGGUGAAAGAAUAGUAUAUUUGCUCCAACUUGCCAUGUACACAUAUUUCGCUGCACGUUCAUUUGUUAGAAACAGUUCUGUUUAUGAAAUUACACUCAAAAGCAAAUACAUGAAUGCAUUGCUACUAGAAUUAGUGCAUUGACAGAAUACUUGUCAUAAUCAAAAUAUAAUGUGAAAUGAUUUGAUCCCUAUCCUUUCUUUAUUAAUCGUUGUCAUAAGUUUUCCAUCUUUGUGCACAUUUUAUUUUUUGUUGUUGUUUAUUACGUCCAGCCUACAGCUGAAAAAUAUCAUAAUAUCUUUUGACAGAGUCGCAGAAUAAAAGAAAAAUUGCA